UCAGAUAAGUAUUUAAAAAGAGUUCUUUUGCAUAAAAUUUGUUUAUCGCCAUACGGAACAUAUUAUAUUAUGGAAAUAUUAAAUAAAUAGUAGAUUUGAUCCUUUAACCAAAUGCAUGAAUCCAAUAGAAACUCACAGAGGCACAAUAUAAUGGAAAAAUAUGAAAAGAUUAGUAAAAUUGGUGAAGGAUCAUAUGGGGUUGUAUUUAAAUGCAAAAAUCGUGAAAAUGGAACUGUUGUUGCUAUAAAAAAGUUUGUUGAAAGUGAAGAUGAUCCAAUAAUUAGAAAAAUUGCAAUGAGAGAAAUUAGAAUGUUAAAGCAAUUGAAACAUCCAAACUUAGUAAAUUUGUUAGAAGUGUUCAGACGAAAAAGGAAGCUUCAUCUUGUUUUCGAAUUUUGUGAUUUUACUGUUCUCAAUGAACUUGAAGCGCAUCCAAAUGGAGUUGCAGAGAAUAUAAUCAAGAGAAUUAUUUAUCAAGUUCUAAAAGCGGUUGCGUUCUGCCAUCAGCACAAAUGUAUCCAUCGGGAUGUCAAACCCGAGAAUAUCUUAAUUACCAAAGAAAAAAUAGUUAAGUUGUGCGAUUUUGGAUUUGCUCGUUUACUCACUGGUCCAUCAGAUGAAUAUACAGACUAUGUUGCUACUAGAUGGUAUCGUGCACCUGAACUACUAGUUGGUGACACUCAGUAUGGUACUCCUGUUGAUGUUUGGGCUAUAGGAUGUGUUUUUGCAGAGCUUCUAUCUGGUCAGCCUUUAUGGCCCGGCAAGUCAGAUGUUGAUCAAUUAUAUCUUAUAAAAAAAACUUUAGGGGAUUUAAUACCUCGUCAUGUAGACAUAUUUAAAAAUAACCAAUUUUUUAGAGGAAUUACAAUACCUGAUUGUGAUAGAAUGAAUCCCUUGGAACACAGAUUUUUGGGAACCUCACGUCAGGCAUUGAGUUUUUUAAAGGGAUGCCUUGUUAUGGAGCCGUUUCAUCGUUUAUCAUGUGCUGAACUACUUGAGCACGAUUACUUUGACAUAGCAUUUAAAGGACACUUUGAAGCUGAUAUGCAGAAUUUUUUGGCAAUUAAUAAAUCUCAAAAAGCAGAUAGAACGUCAUACAAGACAAGGGAAACACGCGCAUCAAAAGUUACACAAUUUCAAAAUAGUCUCCCAAAUAAUCAUCUUCCACAUCUUGUAGAUUUACCUCAAGCUUCUAAUGAUAAAGAUUCAAAUCGUAAAGAUCGAAAUAAAAAAUACGACGGGCAUCUACCGUUUAUUCCCCCUUUUUUAAAAAAAUAAUUUUUUUUUUUUGGUGCAAAUUAAUAAUAUCAUACAGUGUUUAGUUUGUACAGUAGUAUGUUUUGUGGAUAAAUAUAUAAAUAGCUGAUAUGAAUACGAAUGGAGUCUAUAAAUAUUUGUCAAUAAACAAAUGUUUUUAUGUAUAUACUUUUUCAUUUCUCAACGUUUCUGUACAUGCGAGUAUGUAAAUAUAAUUAUAAUGCCUCUGUUAUAAAAUAGAUUAUUUAUUUUAUAGAUUUUGUAGUAUUAGAAUGUAAUUAUGUUUAAUAUGUAAAUAACAGCAUGUGAUUA